CGAUCAUUGUCACUAGUGAUCAUUCAGCCACCGGUCAUACCACUGCGUUGUAGUCUGUCCAUCGAUUUAUUUCGAUUUUUUUAACGAAGUUAAACUUUAGGAAAGCAACAAGCUUCUAAUUUUAUUAUUUAGUUUAAAAUAAAAAACACACAAAAAAGACAAAAUGUUGAAGUUCUUCGUAGUCACUCUCACUUUGGCAUCUAUUUCCGCUGCGAUUAGUCCAAGAAGUCGAUCUGACAAGUCCGCUCAAUUACGUCAUCAUAUUAAAUCCGGUCAAAUAUCGGAAAUUGAAAGACUGAUAGCAGAAGGUGCUAAUGUGAAUGCAAGAUAUGACGAUUUUGAGUUGCCGAUACUACUGGCAGUGAAUUCGGGUAAUGAGGAAAUUGUAAAAACACUGAUCAAGCAUGGAGCUCAGGUGGAUGCCAAAUAUAAGAACAACUGGUCUGGGCUACAUCGAACCGCAUUUACUGACAAUGAUAAAAUCGCGAAGAUUCUUAUCGAAGCUGGCGCAAAUGUUAAUAUCAGAAACUCUGAAGGGUAUUCACCUUUAGCUUUGGCAGCCCAUAAAGGAAGUGGUAAGGUGGCUGCACUUCUCAUUCAGAGUGGUGCCGAUGUUAAUAUGGUAAAUGAUGCCAAAUUUGGCAGAGCAGCCAUCCAUUUGGCAGCAGAAAAAGGACACACUGAACUUGUUGAUCUUCUGAUCGACAGUGGUGCUGAAGUUAAUGCAAAGGAUGGAGAUCGUUGGUUUACACCAUUGCAUUAUGCAGCAUCAAAGGGUUAUUUGAAAAUUGUCGAAACUUUAGUUCAACACAAUGCAAAUGUUAAUGCUGAAGCAAAAAAUAAAACGACGCCUCUCUUACUAGCUAUUGAAAAUGGUCAGGAAAAGGUUGAAAGUCAAAAAGUCGCUGAAGUGUUACUUUUGAAUGGCGCAAAUGUUGAUGCCGCCGAUAGUUUGGGAUACACAAAUUUAAUUGUAGCUGUAGAUGAAGGCAAUGAAAAAUUGGUUCAAUUAUUGAUUCAAUAUCAUGCUCGCGUCAAUCCAACGACUAUACGCGGGACAACACCUCGUAUUCCUAUUCUCCUAGCAGCAGCAAAAGGUUACAGCGAAUUGGUGAAAAUUCUGGCAUCAGCUGGUGCCGACGUAAAUAUUCAAGGGCCCAAUCAGUGGUGCGGACUUCAUUUCGCUGCCCAAAGUGGCACCGAGACAAUUGCCAAAAUUUUACUUCAAUACAAUGCCAGAACUGAUUUGAAAACGGACCUCGGCUUCACCCCUCUUCACUGGGCAGUACUAAACCAUCACCUAAAGUUGGUCCAAAUGUUAAUCGCCGCUGGCGCGGAUGUCAAUGCAAAGGAGGUAGAUGAAUGGACACCAUUGCAUUUGGCCGCACAAGAAAAUGAUGAGAUAAUUACGAAAAUAUUGAUAAAAUCUGGUGCCAAAGUAGAUAUGAGAGAAAAAGAUAAAUGGACGCCUUUACAUAUCGCUGCUCAAAAUGGUUCUGUUAAAGUAGCAAAGAUUCUUCUUGAACAUGGUGCAAAUAUUAAUAUCAAAUAUAAUAGUCGAGACCCCGCGUCAACACCAUUGCAUAUUGCAGCAGCAAACGAUCAAAUGCAAAUGGUUCAGUUUUUGGUUGAAGCUGGUGCAGACAUCGAUAUUAAUAUGCCAAAUGAAUAUGCGGGUUUACUUUAG